AUGUUUCGGCGGGGGGACUCAUAACAAAGUUCAUUUAUGAAAUCAUUAAUAGUGUGGGACUGCAACGUCCCUAUUGCUGCAACUUUGGUUCUUCUUGUGGUGUCCUGACCGAGAGACAGUUGAUGGCAACACUGGGAUAUAUUAGAUGAAACCCUCCCUAUUUUCAGUGCCUCUCCAAUUGAGUGUAUCCACCACCCAUUUAAGGAAAUGAGCACAUCCUGUUUUUUCAUAGUCUUCCUGUUGAAAAGUUCAUACAUUUGAUUUGUGUAAGCUGAGGUAGACAGACAGUUUGUUCCCAGGAUUAAUGCAUAAUGGCCCACAUACCAGCUUUAAAACCAGCGGGGACUCUUCUGUUUUGGGUAUGUCUGAGUCUAAUGGUCACAACUCUGCAAUCGCUGCUUCCCAAUGGACAGAAACACAAUGUGAGGCAAACUGCUUCAACCCCACCGACAUCAGUUCUAACCACAACAAACACCACAGCAGAACUUGGCCAUGGAGAGAGAAAAAUAUAUGGCUGUGGCGAUAGGACGAUCUGUGGAGUAUACUGUUCAAUAUGUAUGAGCAGUACCUGGAGCCCACAGGAAUGCUAUGAAGGCCUGGUUCAGACGUGUCUAUAUAUUUUUGAAGAAGAUAUGUAUUCCAUAAACAGUACAGACUGGUGUUCUUUGGAAAAAGUAAAGAGCGCCUACAACAAUUUCACUUUGUGUACCGAGACCAUUGCUGACUGUUUGCUGCUUCCCUGGCCUAACCAAUUUGUUGAAAGACUAUUUGUAGCAAUCCACACAACGUAUUUUCAAACAUGUCCCAUAGAGGCGCUCCGAGACCCCCCUCCCAGCAUCGUCCUGGCCCUAGUCAUGACCCCCAUAUGCCUCAUCCCUGUUAUCGUGGUUUUAGUUGUUUUCAAGACCAAAAAUGGAGACAGGAGGUCCUAGAGAAGAUUCCAAGUUCGAGAAGGGUUUUUUUUCUUAUUCCCAUUUGUUUCCUCAAUUGGGAUAGCAUCCCACCUGUGCCCUAGGAUAUUGACCUGGCCCAACAUUAACGCAGUGAAUUCACACCUGAUCAUCUCUUAAUCAUGAUGGAGGAUGACGUUUGUUCAUCUGGACUCUAACUUAAAAUGCCAUGGAGCUGAGGAAGUUCAUUGAUGGUUAGAAGAGUGCAUUUAAGUUGCAGAUAUCUUUGGCAUUAUGAUGAAAGUCGCAUUAACUUUUGAUGUGAAAUGGCAAGAAUGAAGAAGUCAGACAUAUUACGUACAUAACUAGAUGUACAAGACUAAAUGCAGAACUAUGGAUGGAAUGAAUGUCCACUUUAUGCACUGUAAGAAAUAUCUUAAGUCAUGUUUUAAUGUAGGUUGUUGUUAGUUAAGUGACAAGAGCUGUUUAGCUGACUCUUAUUAUAAUGAAAUCUUUAUGAUUGUAUUUCUGUUUAGACAAAAGUCAAUAAUGAAUGACUUUUAAAAUUUAUUAUGGCAACUAUUGGGGAAUUAAAAGUAAAUUAGUCAAAUUGUAUGCAUGACAGAACAAAGCCAAAUGAGAAUUCUCAACCCUUUCAACUGGCAGCUUAUUGAAUGACUGUUUAUUUAUAUAAGUUAACAGCAUACAUGUGUCUGUGAAGGAAUCAAAGACACUGUUGAGUUGAGAGGGGAGGGACUGAAGGAAUGGUAGAAAAUAAGUAUCUCGUCCUCUUUACUGGCAUCAUUAUGAGUGUUACUGUAUAGCAAAGCUUUGCUUAGCACCAUUAUGACUGUAUUAUUAUACACUGUAAAAAAUAUAUUUGUUUGUUCAACUUAAAAAAAGUAAGUUUCCUGGUUGCCUUAACAUUUUGAGUUCAUUCAACUAAAAUAUAUUAGUUGACUCAAAAAAGUUUCAAAAUUUGAAGGCAACCAGGUAACUUACUUUUUAAGUUGAACCAUACAUUUUUUACAGUGUAGUCACAUGAACGAGACUGACAUUGUGGAUUAUGUCUUCACAAGAAGUUGAUAGUUUUAAUUGAAGGAAAGCUAUUUUAAAGGAUUAGUCAAUUUUCUUAAAAAAAAAAACAAAUCCAGAUAAUUUACUCACCACCAUGUCAUCCAAAAUGUUGAUGUCUUUCUUUGUUCAGUCAAGAAGAAAUUAUGUUUUUUGAGGAAAACAUUCCAGGAUUGUAAUGGACUUUAAUGGACCCCAACACUUAACAGUUUUAAUGCAGUUUAAUAUUGCAGUUUCAAAGGACUCUAAACGAUGCCACACGAGGCAUAAGGGUCUUAUCUAGCAAAACAAUUUUGAAAAAUAUGCACUUUUAAACCACAACUUCUUGUUCUACCCCGAUCCUGUGACGCGCCAGCGCGACCUCACGUAAUACGUCAUCACGUCAAGAGGUCACGGAUGCGAAACUGUUUAAGUGUGGAGAAAGAGGACUGUUUCAACGUUGUUGUAUGUGGAAUGAUACUCAUUAAUAUCUUUGUGUCAGUUUAUUGUUUAAGAUGGUCCACAAAUGUGCGUUUCAUGUAACAUGUGACCUUUCGACAUCAUUACGCAAUUAUGUGAGAUCGCACUGGCUCAUCACACAGCCGGAGGAAGAAGACAAGUUGUGGAUUAAAAGUACAUAUUUUUAAUUUUUCUUGCCAAAAAUGACAAUCGUUUCACUAGAUAAGACCCUUAUGCCUUGUUUGAGAUCGUUUAGAGUUCUUUGAAACUGCGUUGAAACUGCAUUAAAACUGUUAAGUGUUGGGGUCCAUUAAAGUCCAUUAAAAUGAGAAAAAUCCUAUAAUGUUUUCCUCAAAAAACAUAAUUUUUUCUCGACUGAACAAAGAAAGACAUCAACAUUUUGGAUGACAUGGUGGUGAGUAAAUUAUCUGGAUUUUUUAAAGAAAAUGGACUAAUCCUUUAAGCUUGUUGUUCCUACACUGUAAAAAGUGAAAAGUUGGAUCAACUCAAAACAUUACUUAAUAUUUUUUAAGUUUAUCCAACUUUUACUUUUUACAGUAUAUCUGUCUUAAAAGAGAAAACAAGCUGAUUUAAAUGGCAUUUAAGGACUUUUCUGGGCGUCUUAACUAAGCACUUUGCGGAACCACUUUAAGAGCCUGUGAAGUAUAAUUUAAUACUUUUUUAAAUACUUUUUAUACAUCUUACUUUGUUAUUAUAUCAUGUUUUUACAUAAUUAAACUACAUUUUACCAACAGUG